UAGUACAAAAAGAUGUGAAACAGAAACAUGUUCAAUCGAAACCUAGUAGUUAAGUACUGAGGCACAGUUCAUAUCAAAUCCUUCAAGUUCCCACCAGUAACAACUCAGAAGGAAAUGCGCAACAGGAAGAGUUUGAAAAGAGGCAAGUGAAAUAUACCACCAAAUAAGCCGGUAUUCAUGCAACAAUGUCUCACCCAUGAAUACUGGUAGAUAAAGCACUUCAGUGGUUCUUGUUUGCUGCUCUCUCUUAAUGGAUAAGUAUGGCAAGGUUGGAUCAACCACAUUUCCAGCUUCUCAAGCACGGAGACAUCGAACCAGCAUCUCAUUCAUAAUCGGAAACCUCGAGUUCAGAAUCCUAAGAAUCAUUUGGUUUCUUUACUGCUCCAUCCCCGUUACCACCUUUCAAAUUUCCUUUCCCCCCUGAUAUCUUAGCAGGUAAAGACAUCUUCUUCGUCAUCAACAAAGUUUCACUCUGCAUCAACUUCCGUCGCCUUUGACUUUCCUUAUCAAUAUUCAUAAGGUGAAUGUACCUAAACCUCAUACCCAUCAAAGGGUGCUUCACCACCAGGAAACCCUUUGAAUAAGCCUCCCUGAGCACAACCGUUUGCGUCCUAAUCUUAUGUGAGAGAUAGAAUAUACCGGGAUGAUGAACCAAAGCAUGCUUAAAUCUCCUUCCAAAUCCCAAAUACUCCCCCAAAAGAAGCAAAUUUUCACUCUCGGUUCUCUUGGACACUAACAACCACAGCAGCUCGUGUAACACUGCCACGGUCCACUUCUCAGCUUGAUCUCCAUUAGGGUUCAAAUGAAAAGCAUUUUCAUACGGAGAAACGUACGGCAAGAUUCUGCCAUUCAAAGACCCAAUCUUUCACCUUACUCACCAAAUCAAACCCCGUAGGAUAGCUCAACAAGAACCCAAUUCGAGCUCCUUUCUUGACAUUCCUCAAAUCCCCUAAAGCCAUUCUUCUUUCCAUCUCAGACACGGCCAAUUCAUUCUUCCACGAUACCAGCUCCAAACACAACAUUUCAUCACCACACUCCCCAUUUCUACCUUCGCCAACAACUUGGAAGUAAUCAGGGUAAUCAGACAAAAGCUGCGAAACGUAAUUAUGAGGUAAUCAGUACUCCCUCGUUUUCCCCCACGGCUGAUGUUUGCUGGUGGUUUACUAAGAACGGAAAUGAUAUUUAACGACUGUGAAGGUAAGUACGCAAGCCGUCUUAGCUCAGCCGGUAGAGCGCGUGGCUUUUAACCACGUGGUCGUGGGUUCGAUUCCCACAGACGGCGUAUCUAUUUUCUUGUUGGGCUAAUUUGGGUUUUGAGUUUUGCCGCGGUAGGUAAAUACCGGGCCGGGCUUAUAGAAAGCAAGGUCCCUACAUCUUGGGCCUGAUUGGACUUCAGCCCAUACCAAUUUUACAUGGCAGAGACGGGCAGAGAAUCUUUACAGAGUAUUCCAUUCCAUGCAUCUCUACUCUCUAGUCUCUACCUACCAACUUAACUUGCGAGACUGAUAAAUGACCUGGAAAACGACAUCGUUUUCAAUCUUUAAUCAGAACCGCCACCGCCAAAUUGCGCCAACCGCUGCUUUUUCUCCUCUGAACUCUCCGCCCUUUGUUGAAAAAAAAAUAAAAAUAAACGUCAUUUCAAUCCUCAAUUUCUUCACGCACUCAUUUUCCGAACUUCCAGACUGAACUCUCCGCCCCCUCUCCUCCGAGAAAUCCCGUCGCGUCUCCGCCAUGGAUGGUUGUACAGCAGCUUCCGAUUCUCCAUACGAGCUCCUCUUCCAAGCUCUUUCGCUAAUCCCUACCGCUCACUACGCGGCUCUCCUCCUAGCUCUCUGGCUCGUCUUCCUCUACGAUUUCCUGGAGAUUCAUCUCCUCCGCGAUUUGGCCACCGGAUUCCGGGGAGAUCCCGUCAAGCUGACGUACAAUGCUUCGUCGGAUCUCUACCGGGCCGUUGCUUCCAAAUGCCAGGUCCUCCGCGGCAGGUAUUUACCUACUCUAUGGUUGUGUAGUCCUCACAUUCAAACAGCAUUCCUGACUUUCUUUGGGAAUCCUCCUCGUUUCACUUACAAGAGGGUGAUGUUCUAUACAAGUGAUGGCGGAACAAUUGCUCUGGACUGGGUACUGCACUCUGAUGUCAAUGAGGAUGAUGGUGGUGGUUCCUACACGAGCCAUGCAGUCCCGCAGAAGGAUGACAAAGCUCCCAUUGUGAUUGUUAUUCCUGGUUUAACAAGCGAUUCUGUUGCUCCUUAUAUAAAGCACCUUGUUUUCAAGCUGGCAAAACAAGGUUGGAAUGUUGUUGUAAGCAAUCACCGUGGACUAGGAGGUGUUGAAAUAACUUCUGAUCGCUUCUACAAUGCGGGCUGGACAGAGGACUCUAGGAGAAUUAUCGACCACAUCCAUCAAGAGUAUCCAGAUACUCCCCUUUAUGUUGUUGGAACCAGUAUCGGUGCCAAUAUCCUGGUAAAGUAUCUAGGAGAGGAGACUGUUAAUGUUCCUAUAGUAGGUGCUGUAGCCGUUUGCAAUCCUUGGGAUCUUGCGAUAGGUGACAGGUUUAUCACCCGGAGAUUUGUGCAGAAGCUAUAUGAUAAGGCAUUAGCAUUUGGCCUUGUAGGUUAUGCCAAACUGCAUCAGACUAUCUUGUCUCGUCUUAUAGACUGGGAUGGACUUAAAAAGUCGCGUUCUGUUCGAGAUUUUGAUUACUACGCCACUUGCAUUCUUGCUAAAUUUGAGACCGUAGACACGUACUACAGGCGUUCUAGCUCUGUUAACUUUGUGGGAAAUGUAGCAGUACCUCUUCUGUGUAUCAAUGCCUUGGAUGACCCAGUUUGUACAAGGGAAUCUAUUCCAUGGGAUGAAUGCAGGAUGAACCCAAAUAUUGUCCUGGCUGCCACACAGCAUGGAGGACACCUGGCAUAUUUUGAAGGAAUAUCCGCCAGUACCAUGUGGUGGGUGCGAGCUGUUAGCGAAUUCCUCGAAGUGCUGCACUCUAGUCCGUUAAAGAACAGACCAAGAAAGGUGGGACCAUGUAGCACAACCACUCCAUUGGAGUCGAAAAUCGACCAGGGGCCUUAUGUCAACUUAAUGGAAGAUGGAACUGUAACUGCAGUCGGCGAUAUCCAGAGAGACAAGAUUGCAGCAGCACAACCAGACCAUACCGCCGAGGAGAAUAGAGAGACAAUCACCGAAGACGAAGAAGAAACAAGCAAAGAUGCAGCGACCAGUAAAGAGGAUCCUGCUGAAAGUAAACCGGAAGCUGCUGCAUCUGAUCAAAAGAAACUCAAUGAUCUGAUUGCUCCAAUGAAGCGACACAUAACUCAGCUCACGCGGCACAGCAGGACAUCCAUAUGGCUUCUUGCUUACAUCGCCAUCGUAACAACUUGGCCGGUGCUGGGUUCUGGCCUGUUUUUCUACCUCAAGAAAAAGUUGAGGAGCUUCCUGCUACCAGCUUUGCCUAGCAGAUAGAUGAAUAUAGUUCUUGGCUGUUGUAGGGUCUGUAAGGUUGAGGGGUUGCACCCCCUCCAUGUAAACUGCCCAAACAUUAGAAUUCAAGGGCGGCAAAGAAAAGUAGGAGAAAUAAGGCAUAAUGUUGUCAUCUCAUGUAUUUUAUACUUGUAAACUACAAAAUAGCUUAUGCCAUUUAUGUAUGCAUUGAAAAUGCUUUGUUUAUAAUUUGGAGUCAAAUGUCUGCAAAUUCAGUAAGGGUGAAUCAUAUAUAUUUUUCAUUUAGCCAAUAAAUGAAAAUAAAUGUCUCCAUUGUAAGAACAAGUGAAAGUGAUACUUGAUGGUUGUAAUAAGAGGUGCCCAAUUUUUCCUUGUUAAUUACAAGUUCACAUAAAACUUGUCAAUCUAGGUCAAAAAAUAGGUGAUCCUUGAUGGUGUCAGAAACUAGCAAGUUCAUAUAUGAGUGACGAUUUACAUGAAAAGAAAUGUAAAUAUGCAAAUGCAUCGACUCUUUCAAAUCAGCUUAUGUAAUUAAAUGAUUCGACAUGAUUCUUAUGUGAUAGAUAGUAACAAUUAUUAUUUUUGUGGAACGGGUAAAGAUCAAGUCCGCUAUUAAAAAAAUACAAUUUCAUGCUUCGGUAACCGAAGUGACUAGAGUAUCCUUUGUGCCUAUGAGGCACAAGAUUGUGUAGGUUGUAGGAAUUGAGUUAUGGUGGCCAACCAAUUAGAUAAAUGUUUGAAAAGAAAGGGAUGAUGAGAUUGACCAUCAAUACGAAUACAAAGAAAAACAGUUCGAGAUGCAUGCACAUUCUAUCUAAUAUGAUAAUUUUCACUAAUAAGUGGCGAGACUCUGCAACAGCAACGUAAGUUCUCUUAUUGCACGACAUGUUCAAUAGUCUUGUUGUAUCCGUUGUGAGCCUAUAUGCUCUUAACUUUAAUUGACAUAUAGUUGUCUUUAUUAGUGUUAGAGACUCUUCUUGGGUAAACAUAACAUAGAUGAGCUAGUUCCAUGCUAGCAUUAUCAAUUGCCGGCAUAACCUUAGGGUUAGGGGUUAGUACUUUAGUUUUUUUGUUGAAUGACCCCAUUUAUAUUUUGUAUUGAAUGUUGUAUCAUCGAUAUUUAUAGAUGAAUAAUUAUUAUAUGAAUGCACGAUGAAUGAAUUUAGAUUAUGCUUGAUGAUGAGUUAGAUUAUGAAUAUUUAACCGAUCAUAAUUUGAGUCAUAUAUAUUAUAAUUUAUAUACAACCCAUGGAAGUAGGGGUGGCUAUACGGUCCGGUGCGGUUAAAUUGGACCAAAUUGAUCCGGUCCCAGUCCGGUCUUUUCGGAAAUAAUAGAACCAAAGAUUGGAUUGUAUACAGUUCGGUCUUGAUCCGGUCCGGUCCCAAUUUUAUCUUGAUUUUAGGUGUUGGGGAUCUCUUAUCCGGUCUUUAUUCGGUUUUUUACCUCAAAUCUAAGCCCGAAUAUGAGAUUGCACUGUUUGCUAUCCGGUCCCAGUCCGAUCCCGGUCCGGGUUAUACGGUCCGGUUUCGGGUAAAACCAAACAGUCCGGGACCAAAUAGCCCGCCCUACAUGGAAGAUGGAUUAAGAAGUAUGACUGUACGAGAAGGACAGCCCGUCAGUAAAAGAUGGGUCCCGAG